AUGUUGAGAAUGACCUCGCCUGGAUGUCCUCAGGGCGACCUCUCGGAGGGGAAUCCCGGAGAGGAAGUGUCCAGAGAAAUCAGUUCUGGAGCUUCAGGUUUUCUUGAACAACUAGAAUGGAAACAUCAUGAGGACUCUGGGAGCUCUUAUGGAGAUCUCUCCCACCGAUAUGAGGAUAUACUGAGAGCACUAGAGCCGGAGCCUGCUUAG